AUGUCUCAAUUGCACCAUCUAUUGACGUUUCCGAGUAGGCCAGUCACUGGAGACUAUGUUACGAGCGUGCGGAAGCUGCUGGCAAGCGGCAUACCGGCCACUUACACGCUAGAGCAGGUCGCUGCUUUCGAGAAGAACGGCACAGAUGAGAUGAGCGAAUCGGCCUCCAACACGACCCCGUUGCACAUCCUGGCGAGGUCGCUGCCGCUCGACCUCUCAGAAGACGAGACCAGCGUCGUGCUGUCGCUGAUGGACACUCUAUUCGAGUACGGUGCCGGCUGGAACUUUAUCGACUACGAGGACAAGACCGUUGGGGAUCUUCUAGUGGAGAGAGGCCAGAAGAAGACCGGGGCUCUGUACCAGAGAGUGGUAGACGCAGGAGUAAGCGCGGAGCUUCUGCUGAGGAAGCUCAAUGGCGGAGAGAUCGAGUUCCUCGAAGACCCGCAACACGCAGAGGAGCAGCAGCAACAGGAAGCCGACAGCACCGCCGACAACCAACAGGUCUACCUCAGCACCAAGCUGGAGUACAAUGAGAACGCGCUGGUCACCAGGGAAAACAGAGACGGCGUCAUGAUGGACUGGGAAACACACAUCAUGGAGCUCGCCGCCAACACAAUCUGCCGCAAAGACGCCGCCGAGCUGACCGUGCUGAACAUCGGCUUCGGCAUGGGCAUCAUAGACAACUUCAUAGCCUCCCACUCCCCGCACAAACACUACAUCUGCGAGGCGCACCCCGACGUGCUCGCAAAGAUGCGAGCCGACGGCUGGUACGACCGUCCCAACGUCGUCGUCCUCGAGGGCAGAUGGCAGGACUCCCUAAACGCCCUCCUCGACCAGGGCUCGCUCUUCUUCGACGGAAUAUACUACGACACCUUCAGCGAACACUACCAAGACAUGCUCGACCUCUACGACGUGGUCGUCGGUCUCCUGAAGCCAGAUGGCGUCUUCUCCUUCUUCAAUGGCCUCGGCGCCGAUAGACCCCUCUGCUACGACGUCUACAACAAGAUAGUGUCGCUCGACCUCCAAGACUACGGGCUACAGUGCCAGUAUACGACCAUCUCCGUUCCGACCGACCAGCAGUGGCACGCGGUCAAGCGGUCCUACUUCAACUGCGACUACUACUACCAUCCUCAGAUCCGGUUCCGCUAG